AUGGUGCAGAUUGGGGGCGCGAAGCACCGCCGAACUGAGCCCAACAGCUGGCCGGCUCUGCUGGCAUGCAAACAGGGGGGCGGACCAGCCCCCAUGCGGUGGGUGAAUUUUAGGCUGCCGCAUCCGGAGCGCCUCUCGUCCCCCACCUCCUCUUCCUCCUCCACCUCCUCCUCCUCCUCCCCCGUCUCGGCCAAAUCCAUGCGGUUUAUUUGGAACAACAUUUUCAGCAAAGGAUCGCAUAUGCUGCAGUGUCUUUGUGGCAGGAGCCUCAAGAAAAACAAGAACCCAACUGAACCACAGCUGAAGGGCAUAGUGACCAGGUUGUUCUGCAGACAGGGCUUCUAUCUCCAGAUGGGCCAGGAUGGAAGUCUGGACGGGACCAAAGACGACAGCACCAACUCCUCUCUGUUUAACUUAAUUCCCGUGGGUCUGAGAGUCGUGGCCAUCCAAUCAGUCAAGACUGGCCUCUACAUCGCCAUGAACGGAGAGGGUCACCUCUACUCCUCGGAACUGUUUACAGCAGAGUGUAAGUUUAAGGAGUCGGUGUUCGAGAACUACUAUGUGAUCUACAGCUCUAUGCUCUACAGACAGAAGGAGUCGGGCCGGGCCUGGUUCCUGGGCCUCAAUAAAGAGGGACAGGCCAUGAAGGGCAACAGGGUCAAAAAGACCAAACCAGCUGCACACUUCCUGCCUAAACCUAUAGAAGUUGCGAUGUACCGAGAGCCUUCGUUGCACGAUGUAGGGGAGGCGGUGCCUAAGCUCGCCGGGGGCCCGCCUUCCAAAAGCACAACCAGCGAACCGGUGGUCAUGAACGGCGGCAAACCAGUCAACAAACCCGACAAGGAGGCGACAUAA